AUGCAGUCGGUCUCGCAAGGAUUCGUUGGUCUUAUUACGCGCUUUGGCAAGUUUUACAAGAUCGUCGAUCCUGGCUUGACAAAGAUUAACCCGGUGACAGAGCGACUUAUCAAAGUCGACAUCAAGAUCCAGCUCGCCGACAUUCCUCAACAGGUUAUUAUGACCAAGGACAAUGUCAACGUGCAUAUUGACUCGGUGCUCUACUGGCACAUUAUCAACCCCUCGCAGGCCACCUUUGGAGUCAGCGAUGUGACUUCCGCCUUGAUCGAAAGAACCCAGACAACGCUUCGUCACAUUCUUGGUAUGCGUGUUCUCCAAGAGUUGAUCGAGAACCGUGAGGCCAUUGGUGAAGAGAUCCAGGAGGUCAUUGACGGACCCGCGCGUCAAUGGGGUGUCAAGGUCGAGUCGGUCCUGAUCAAAGACAUUACCUUUUCCAAGGAGCUUCAGGAGUCUCUUUCCUCGGCUGCUCAGGCCAAGCGUAUGGCCGAGUCCAAGGUUAUUGGAGCGCAGGCCGAGGUCGACAGUGCCAAGUUGAUGAGAGCCGCUGCCGAUAUCUUGAACACGCCUGCGGCGAUGCAGAUCCGAUACCUGGAGACGAUGACUGGUAUGGCCAAGGGAUCCAACACGCGUGUCAUCUUCAUGCCUACCCAGCAAAAUGGUCAAGACAUGACUCCUCUCCAAGCCAACCAGUGGGAGCAGAUGGCUAAGCAAUAG